AUGUUUUCCUGGAUUCCCUUGUGGCCAAAUAGCAGCCCGGAGGAGAGCUCACGGCCAGAAGACCCUGAAAUCCCGGGCCACUUUCCAGAUGACAGUCAAAAUAGCCAGCAUCCACCUCAUCAUGAAGCUUCUUGUGCAAUCUACGAGCUUGCUGGCUCUUCUCCGCCCGACGCUCCCGGCUCUGUCCUUCGGGAGCCAUUUGACCCUGACGCCGGAUUGAGAGAGACAGCCUUUUUCCACUCUCCAACUCCAGUUACUUCGCACCCUUUGGAGAAAGAAGGCGAGAGCGUGGAACGGAUUAAAACUCCUGAGGUGAAACCCGCAACACCUCGCAGCAAUGUCCGCAAAAGUUCUACCCACAGCCUUUCCAAACGAACAUCCAGAUCUCACAAGACAGCCAAAUUCACUCCCGGCUCUUCACCCCCUUCUAACGAAUCGGUCAUUGCGCUGUUUGGGAUGACUGGCACAGGCAAAACCUCGUUUAUCAACAAGCUUACUGGUGCCAAUAUGAGAGUUGGGCACAAUCUACACUCCAUGACUUCGGAAAUCGAACAAGUCCAAGUCAAAAUCGGGGACAUCACCGUCACUCUCGUUGACACGCCCGGUUUCGACGAUACCACCCGCAGUGACACAGAAAUCUUGACUCUUAUAGCGUCCUGGUUGAAAGCGUCCUAUGACGAAAACACAAAGUUGACGGGAAUGAUCUAUCUUCAUCGAAUCUCUGACAACCGCAUGUCCGGCUCCUCGUAUAAAAACUUGGAACUAUUCCGCUCCUUAUGCGGCAUGCGCAUCCUGUCCCACGUUAUUCUCGCAACCACCAUGUGGGAUAAAGUCACCGAGGCAGAAGGCAGCACUCGCGAGAAAGAUCUCCUCGCAGAAGCCACUUUCUGGGGAGACAUGAAGAAAUACGGCGCCUUAGUGAGGAGGUAUGACGGCACCCACGCAGGUGCACUCGCGUUGGUGGACGCAUUGCUCGAAAAGCACCCGGUUACGUUGAAGAUCCAACGUGAGAUGGCAAUUGAAAAGAAAGACCUCAUCGACACCGCUGCCGGGAAGUCCAUCACUGCCAGACUGGAAAAGAUGGCUGCAGACCACAAACAGGAGCUUGAUAUGGUAAAGCAGGACUUCGAACGAGCUCUGAAAGAAAGUAAGUCGGAACCUUUCCCUAUGAGAAAUGAAGUAAGGUGCACUCUUUGCUUGCCAGUCCGCAUCGCUAAUACUGGUGACUCGUAUCGUCAGAGGAUGCCAAAUGGCUAG